GAAGAGGCCACUGGGAUGGCAAACUUCAAGGGUCACGCACUUCCAGGCAGUUUCUUCCUGCUCUUUGGGCUCUGGUGGUCUGUGAAAUACCCCCUGCAGUACCUCAGUCACAAAGUCAACAAGAAAUCCCACAGGGUUUAUUGUUUCCAGCGUGUGGAUGCCAUCGAAGGGGGAAUCAAAACCAUCUUUGCACUGAUAGGGAUGCUGGCAGAGCAGUUCGUCCCCGAUGGGCCACACUUGUACCUCUACAGUGGGGAGAACAAGGACUGGGUGAAGCUGAUGAACUGGCAACACACCACCAUGUACCUUUUCUAUGGGCUCUCUGGGGUUGUGGACAUCUUGACCUUCAUCUCCCCGCUGGUGCCGCGGGGUUUGGAUCGUCUCACGCUGGCCGUGGCUGUGUUUGUUGAAGGUUGUCUCUUUUACUACCACGUCCUUCACCGCCCCGCUCUGGAUCAGCACAUCCACUCCCUGCUGCUCAUUGCCAUCUUCUCAGGAGCCUGCAGCAUCAUGCUGGAGGUUUUCCUCCAUGACAACAUCAUCCUGGAGAUGUUCAGAGCUGGUGUCACCAUCGUCCAGGGAACGUGGUUCUGGCAGAUUGGGGUCGUGCUGUUCCAGCCAUGGGGAGGUCCAAUGUGGAAUGAGGAGGAUCACAGCAACAUCAUGUUCCUCACCAUGUGCUUCUUCUGGCACUGGGCAGCUGCUAUGGCCAUCCUGGCUAUAAACUACACCCUCGCUUACUGCUGCAUCCAGAGGUGCAGGAGAGUCAAUGGGGAGCCCUACAUCGGGCUGGGAGUCCGGCAGCAAAAGCACGACACCAGCUCCCAGGCUGCCUUCUUAAAUGGCUCUGAUGAGGAGUGA